AUGUGGUCGUCGUUGUGCAAAGACUACGAGGAUACUCAGUUCAGUCCAACCAGGUCGUCGUCAUGCAACAGGUCUCAACAGUGCUGUACCAACCGAUUACCGAGCAACCACCGCAACAACAGAAUCCCCCACCGCCACCGCCCCCGCUGCAUCACUAUGUACCCGAAGAUUGACUGCAUGUUCUGCGGCGGCGAAGGCAUCUUACCACCCCGGCACCAACUGCAGUCUCCGUCUACGGCCCUCGCAGCAGCAUCAGCAACAGCGGACCGUCACUACCAUGUCGCUGGCUUUGUUGUUAGCCGGUUUUCAAGUACACGUUUGACCAAUACAGGUGGUCCUGACUAUACCUGCCCGACAUUCUCCGACUCCGAUGUUCCUAUGUGGUUCGAAGCGACCAAAGCCGAACACUGCAGGGGCUUUAUUAUUUGUUCAUAA